AUGAACACCCUUCAAGAAGCAAGCACCAUCUACAAGUCUUUCAAGAGGGGAGGUCCUGCAUUCGGAGGAUGGCAGAUGCUACCUGGGACAAACCACUCUCGAGCAAUCGCCCGUUCAGGUGUUGAUUGGGUUUGUGUUGACUGCGAACAUGGCAACAUUGAUGAUGGAGAGAUGCACGAAGCCGUUAUCGCCAUAGCACGCGAAGGCGUCAGUCCCAUUGUUCGCAUACCCGCCAACGAAGCCUGGAUGGUCAAGCGAGCCCUUGAUGCUGGCGCGCAUGGCAUUGUUGUUCCUUUGAUCUACACUGUAGAUGACGCUAAACGGCUUGUUGCAUCAGCAAAGUUCCCACCCGAAGGACACAGAGGUUUCGGGUCGCCUUUCUCACCUCAUGCCUUUACUGGUGAGGCGCUCACGGAGUACCUUCAGAACGCCAACUCCUCAAUUCAAACGAUCGUUCAGAUCGAAACAAAGUCAGCCCUAGAGUCCGUCAAGGAGAUUGCCGCGAUACCUGGCGUUGACUGUCUGCUCAUCGGCCCUUUCGACUUGGGCAACAAUAUCGGACGACCGAUUCUGGGUGAAAUGCACCAAGAGCUGAAGGAUGCCAUCGAGCUCAUCAAAGAGGCAGCUCAUUCAGAGGGCAAAAAGGUGGGCAUCUACUGUGCGGAUGGUCAGCAGGCGCAAGGUUACGCACAGAGGGGCUUCGAUUUUAUCAGCGUAUGCACUGACUUCCCUGCCAUCACUGCGGCGUUCGCAGGUGCAGUCAAGACAGCUAAGGGCGAAGCCACCGGAGAUGACAACGGUCGUGUGAAGGGUUACGAUGGACGGUAA